AAAACGUUUGAUACAGUUUUUUAUAUUUUGAAUCGAAAAGUUUCCAAAGAACGAGAUGGACGAGUGUUGUGAUCACGCACAACCAGAAUGUGCUUGUACACAAGAAGGAGAGUCGAGUGAAUUGCUAUCUGAUUCCUGUGAAUGCUUGAGGGAUGACCACGGCAUCGUCGUACACGAUGAAACCUGCCUCCUUUAUAAGAAUGAGACGAUGAUCUACCAGAGAGAAGAUGCUUGCGAAUGCGUGGAGCCUGGAGACGAAGAUGGAAUUUGCAAAUGUUGCGCGUGUCCUCUCGACCAAUGCAAGUGCAACAGAGUGGGACGGGAGGCGUUGGAUCGAUGGCGAAGCAAGCGGGACAUCGGCGCGAUGCCAGCGGUUCUAGAUGCUUCUCAUCCUCUGAUGAAGCGCUUCCAGGAGACGCUCACACGGUACCUCGAGAAAGAGAAUGAAAUCGCUGAAAAUGAAAUUAUGAGAUUGCGCGACGAACUCAAGCUCGGCAAGCAGCAGUACGACAAAGAUCUGGAGACGCUGUACCGGGAUGAUCACGACACCAAUGCUCAGAGAGCAAUGAUCGAGGAGUACGAAGCCUCGUUAGCGAAGAGGACAGAAGAACGUCUGCAGGCGGAGCUACGUGCUAAGCAAUCCAACGAGAACUACAAAAAGGCGAAAGAGAACUUAGAUCAAAACAUCAUUACUGAACGAGAAGCAUCUGAAGAGUUAGAAGCGCUGACGAUGCUGUGCCGUCAACUAGAAGCGUGGCGUGAGGAGACGGAGUCCGACCUCACCGUCAACCAGCGCGUGUCCGACAAGAUGCGAGUCGAGAAGAAAGCGUUGGCCGACGAGAAACGUCAACUUGACACAAUUAUCUACGGGCUCAGUACCGAAGUUUGGAAACUGGAAUCAAAACUGGAAAUGUUCCGAAAGCAAUUGGAAAUCAAAAAUGUUGAAAUGGAAAAGGUUAACGACAAGGUGACAGCGUAUGGAGCUGAAUUAGAAGACUUGGAGUUGGAAAAGAGACGUCUCGUAAGUCUGUGGAACUCUGUGCUGGUAAAUAUUCAACAACGGGACAGGGCGUAUGAUGCAGUACGAGAUGAUUAUAAAGCUCUACAAAACAACUACCACACUCUGCUGAACAACUUGGAGAUAACGAAAAAAAUGGCGAUGGACGAAAUGAACAAGGGGAAAGAGAUCGCAAUGAACAAGGACAAACUUACGUACGACUUGAAUAGCGCCACCAAAACGUUCGAAACCGAAGAUGGAAAACGCAUUGCUCUAGAGAGACAAAUAAAUGAACUGUCCGAGGCAAUAGAAAUGACUGAACGCGACGAAGAGCUCAUUAAAUCGGAAAAUCAAACAAUGAGGAAUAUUUUGAAAUCCACGGAGAAUGAACUCAGUCGUCGCACGGAACAGAAAUGUAAAUUGGAGAACGAAAUCCUCACGAACCUCCAGGAGUGUUUGCUCAAUGAUAAAGCUGUGGAGUCUAUGGCGAACGGUAUCAAGAAAAUGAGGGAAAUGUCUAGGAAACAGGAAAUAACUCUAAUGGCAAUGGAGAAUCAACACGCUAAAGUAAUGCUAGACAUUGAGGUGUACCGCAACAGACAAGCUAGGAACAAGUCUGUACUGGAAGAGAAUCUAGCCAAAGUGAAAGCGAGAGAGAAAGAGAUAGACGCUCUGCAGGAGGAGUAUGACCAUAAGACGCUAGUGAUCAUGAGGAAACAACGAGAGGUGGAUAUCAUUAUGAAGAAGUUCACUGCGCUGAAGGAGAUAUUUGAUUUGAAAUCUCCUCAAGAGCGUCACAUCGAAGAGUUGGAGCAGCAGAUCAAGGCGCUGCGCGAGCGCACGGAGAGCAUGCAGUGCGAGUGGCUGCGGCUGCAGGCGCAUGUGGUGAAACUGACGGCGCAGCAUCACAAGCUGGUUGCUGAUAUCAACCUUAUCAAUAAACAAAUACAAAUCUGCGAGCAGAAAACAAUGCGUAUACAAUCGGAGAGCGAACGUAUAGAGCAAGAGCGAACGCGAGUGGACCGCUUUAUGCGAGACCUGCGCGGACGCCUCGAGGUGUUGGAGCGAACGCGCAAGGAGGCCGCCGAUCGGAACCACGUCGCUCAGAGGGCCAACCUUGCUGUCACACACGAGUAUACCGCUAACCUGAAGGAUGCUGAAAGUGACAUAAUUCAGUUGGAAGAAGACAUCGAAGCUUACGAAAAGGAAAAAUUGAACCUGACGCAAGAACUGGAGAAAGCUCAGCGAGAAGCGCUUAUUUGGCAACGGAAGGGCAUUUUAGCGGUGGAUCUGAAGAGGAAUAUACAAAACGCCAAGUCUGCGGCCGGUGAGAUUGGUCAGAUGCGAGCUGAGAUUCAUAGGAUGGAGGUUCGUCGCGAACAACUCCGCAAAACUGGUGAGAAGUUAGCUGACGAUUUGGCUUUAUACGUAACUCGUCGAGAGACGGCUAUGGAGAAGAACAGAGCCGCAGCCGCAAUAGAGAAGGCGCACGGGUCUUCCCAUACGACGGCACAGUCUACUUACCAUCACAAACUGAGGCUGGCGAAGUCCGAUGUUGCUAGAGUUACUAAGGAUUUAACUGAAGCGAAGAAUCACAUGGAGCAAUUGCAGAAAGAGCAAGAGAGACUGGAGCAUGAGGUAGCCAACACAAGCGCCGCCAACUCACACUUGGAAGAAAAUGUUGCCACCCUGUUAAGCGAGUGCCGCGAAGCUGAGAAACAGAAGAAAUGGCUUCUCGAACGCGUGGUACGCAGCCAACGCGUCGGCAGCGAAUUGGCCACAGCCAUCAAGCGACAAUCUGUCCGAGUAAAGAAGUCGAAGGCGGCCGUACUGGAGGAGUACAACCAAGCGCUCGCACUCAACGAGCGUCUCAACAGCGUCGUGCAAAAACUGUUCCACGAGUAUCCGUAUCUGAGUGACCAAUUGGAAAUGAUAACUAACACCUUGAACAUACAUUCUCCGGAGGGCUCGCCUAGAUUCUACGAAGAUGAUUGUCUGUGUGAAGAACAGAAAGCAUGUAGGUGUGGGUGCCCAGUAGAAUGCACUUGUGCCUCAGAUCAUAUUCCUGAGAAACUGGAAUACGAUGAAAGCGACAAACCUGCGGAAGAAUGA